AAACUCUCUCCCCAUUUUCUCUCUCUUCGCCUCCUCAUCUCCCCCUCUUUCUCUCUCUCUAACAUACUCUUUCUCUCUCCUCUUUCUCUCUCUUGAUACAAAGAGGUGGAGAGAGAGAAAAAGAACAAAAGCGGAGGAAGGAGACUCGGCAAAAAGGGUGGAGUGGAGAGGAGGCUUUGAAAAUAAAGAAAACAAAACAACAAAGUCCACAUAAUCAUUUAAAAAGGAGGACGCGGAUGGCUUCCUCGUCGUCGGCGCCGAUCCACGUGUCCUCCUCAUCGGUGGCGGCGGCAUCUGUGCCAUCGUCUUCGGCCGCUGCGGCAUCGGCCGCGGCCGCUGCUGCCGCCGCAGCUGCUGCGGGGGGCGGCACGAGCUCCCCGUGUGCCGCGUGCAAGUUCCUGCGACGAAAGUGCCAGCCGGACUGCGUGUUCGCGCCCUACUUCCCGCCGGACAACCCGCAGAAGUUCGUGCACGUGCACCGCGUCUUCGGCGCCAGCAACGUCACGAAGCUGCUCAACGAGCUCCACCCCUACCAGCGGGAGGACGCCGUGAAUUCGCUUGCGUACGAAGCCGAUAUGCGGCUCCGCGACCCCGUCUACGGCUGCGUCGGCGUCAUUUCGAUACUCCAGCACCAGCUGAGGCAGCUCCAGAUGGACCUUACUACCGCGAAAUCAGAGCUCUCCAAGUAUCAGGCCGCCGCCGCCGCCGCUGCAGCGGCAGCUUCCGCCGCGCCGUCCACUGCCAAUUUCAUCGGCGGCAUGUCUUCCGGUCCCCCCGGGGGCAGUGGCGCGCACACUUUCAUGAACAUGAACCAUCCGAUAGGUAUUGGGAUCAGCAGCGGCGGCAGUGGGGGGUUCGGAAGAGAUCAAUUCUUUUCGGUCGGGAUGCGCGAGCAGCAGGCGAUGAUGAGGGGUUAUGAUGACAUGACGGCGAGGGUGGCGGCCAUGAGUGCGGUCGGCAUGGGGCCGCUCGGCGGGGGCGGUGGUGUGCAGUUCCUCAGACCGAGCGCCGCAGGCGGCGACGAGCGGCCCAGUUCUGGGCCUUAAAAAAAUCAGAAGAGAUCAUCAAACUAUCAGGAUUAUGAAGAGGAACUUAUGAGUUUCCAUGCCACAGGUUUAAUGACUUGGAGGGAUCCCCUCAAUAGUUCAGAAGAAACUGGGAUGGAAAUGAUGGAAAUGAAAAGGAUGGAGAGGGAUAUAUAGUUUAUAUUUUUCACCCCAUUCACAAGAAGUAGAACUCUUGUUCAUCUUCAAAUCAGUGAUCUUUAAUUUUGUACCUCUCCCUGUUCUUUGAGCUACUAGUGUUUGAAAAGUGUACUCACUAUUUCUUUUUACAGUGACAAUUAAUGCUUAUUAUAUUAUAUUAUAUAUAUAUUUAUAUAUAUAUAUAUAUAU